AUGUCAUCAAAGAAAGUACCAUCUCAGACGACUUCGUCGUCGAAAUCAGGAGCAAAGGAUAAUAAUAAUAAUAAUAAUAACAAUAACAAUAACAACAGCAAGGACAAGAAGGGAUCAUCUUCAGCAGCAGCACCAGCAGCAAAAGUUGAUUCAAAAGGUAAACCAAUCAAAGUAGAUGAUGCCAAGAAAAAGGAACAAGAAGCAGCUGCAGCUGCUGCAGCAUCUACCAAGACAAGAAAGGAUGGAUCAACUCCCCAACAACCAGCUCCUGCUGAACCACCCAAGCCAAGAUGGACAGGUAAAUUGCCAGUACAAUAUUUAAACGAGUAUUGUCAAAAGAAUCAAAUGAAUAGACCUGUCUUUGAAGAGAUGAGAUUCCACUUUAAGGGACAACAACAAUUCAAGUUCAAGGUUACUCUUGCAUUUGAAGGCAAGAAGAAGCAGAUGACCUACAAGUCAUACCAACCUCCACACGGAUCACCCGCCGUGAUGGAUGCAAAGGCAUAUGCUGCCUUGGUGGCACUACACGACCUCUGUGGCAACACCACCAUCUACAAACUGUUCCCACCCGAGUUUACACCAUUCUGGAUGUCGUUGGCCGAAGUGGCCAAGGUGGAACAGGAACAAAUCCAAAAGGAGAUGGAGCAACAACUAGCCAUCGAGGCAAGACGCAAGGAGAGGGAACCAAAACACACCCAACAAAUCCCAAGUAUUGUCAUGUCGGAUGAAGCAAUCCGAACUAUUCAUUCAUUGACCAAACAAAUGAAUCUUAGAUUAGAAGGUGAAAAUGAAUUGGAUAAUAAUAGCUCUAACUCUUCGACAAUGAGUGGAGAAGAAUUAAACAAACGUGAAAAAGAAAUUGUUGGUAAAUCAUUGGAAGAGUUGGGAUUCGAACAACAAGACAUUGAAAAUGCAUUCCAACGUGUAAAGGAUAUUACAAAUUUGACCAAUUUAAUAUCUUGGUUAUGUUUAAAUGUUAAAGAUGAUACUUUACCAGUUGCUUUUCGUCCAAAGAAUUUGGGUAUUCAAAAGAAAUCAAAGACCUCUACAACGACUCAAAUUGAUUCAACCUCUUCAACUACAAAUGUUCAUAUUAUUGAUGCAAGAGAUAGAUUGAUUGAUUUGGGAUGGUUACCAAAUGAAAUUGACAAGGUGAUUGAUUCAUCUUUGGAAUCUUUGGUAAAGGACAACCAAGAUGCUUUUGCAAGAUGUUGGUAUCGGUUACUUGGACUACAAGAUGAGAGUUUUGAUACAGACGUGGUAGCGGAUGAUGAAACAUGUCAAGAACAACGUGAAAUGGAGAUUGAAGCUCUUAGAUCAAUCUAUGGUGACUCUAUCAAGGUCAUCUCACCACAAACCUAUCAAAUCACAUUGGAUGUUGGUGUAUUAGAGGUUUAUCUACCGGGAUGGUGCAAGUAUCCAUUCCAACCACCAGUCCUUAUUCUCAAACCAUUGACCAAGUCAAAGUGGAACAAGAAGGGGUCAUAUGUGAUUUGCAAAGAGAUGGUUAAACAAUGCCAAGAGUUUAUUGGCUCACCUGUACUAUUCAAUAUUAUCAAUUGGUGUAGUACAACUGAUUUACCUCAAAUCAUUGCCAAUUCAAAGGAUGAAGAGAGUGCAGCUGCCGAGGAAUCAAAUCACAAUAAUAAUAAUAUUGACAAGAAUGUUUUAUUGGGUACUUCAUCAACAUCAUCAUCAACAGGAAAGAAACAAUCUCAACAACCUAGACAAACACUUGGUAGUAUAAAGAGUGAUGAUCGUAUCAAUCAAGAUUUAUUACAAUCAUAUAAAACUAGUCUGUCAAAUACUAGUUAUACACCAGUUAAAAAGAUUAGAGAAUCGUUGCCAGUCUACUCCAAGAAACAACAAUUUAUCGAUCUAUUGGAACGUAAUCAAAUUGUUGUGGUAACAGGUGAGACAGGUUCAGGUAAAUCAACACAAAUUCCUCAAUACAUUAUGGAAAGUUUUGUAAAGAAUGGAAAGGGAUCCAACUGCAAUAUCAUUUGUACUCAACCACGUAGAAUUUCAGCGAUUGGUGUAGCUGAUCGUGUUUCAUUUGAAUGGAGUGGUGGUCAAAAGGAUCAGACUGGUCAACAUGUUGGUUACCAAAUCAGAAAUGAGAGUAAACGAAGCAGAAAUACUCGACUUUUGUUCUGUACCACUGGUAUUCUACUUAGAAUGAUGGUUGGUGGAGAAAGAGGAGAUAUGCUCUCGGGUGUUUCCCAUAUCAUAGUGGAUGAAGUUCACGAAAGAAGUGUCGACAAUGAUUUCCUACUCAUCAUUUUAAGAGCCUUGGUCAAGAAACGUCGUGACCUCAAGGUUAUUUUAAUGAGUGCUACCUUGGAUGCAGAGUUGAUUGCCAACUACUUUUCCAUUAAAAAGGAUUCUAUCUUUGCUGUCGCUGGUUUCACUCAUCCAGUUAGUCACGUCUAUCUCGAGGAUUCUAUUCGGAUGAUUGAUUACAAACCGUCAGUCUUUUUGAAAAAGCAAAAGGAUAGUGAAGAGUCUGGUGAAUCAGAGGAUGGAACAUCAACUACAUCAACCACAUCAACAAGUGACUCUGUCAAGGAUAUUUUGUAUCAUAUGGAUGCCAAUUUGAAACAAAAGCGAAUCAAUGCCGAGUUUAUUGAAAAGUUGCUCAUCUAUUUGGCGAGACAAGAGUUGGGCAAGAGAAAGUCGAUUCUUGUAUUUGUCCCUGGUAUGGGUGACAUUUUAAAUAUCUGUGAUCGACUAAACAACUGUUCCAUGUCAUCGUCCAUGUGGGUGUUGCCUUUGCACUCGUCACUCACUCCCAAAGACCAACAAAGAGUUUUUGAAAGGGCACCAGCUGAUCGUGUAAAGAUUGUAGUUGCCACCAACAUUGCUGAAACUUCUAUUACCAUUGAUGACGUUUCUAUCGUCGUCGAUACCGGUCGUGCCAAUCAGGUCAACUACAACCCAAUCACUAAAAACUCAAUGAUGGGCGAAUCGUUUGUCUCCAAGGCAGCCAUCAGACAACGUGCUGGUAGAGCUGGUCGUACCUCUGCAGGUACUUGCUAUCAUCUCUACACCCGUGCCAUGGAGAGUCAGUUUGACGACCAAGAAACACCAGAGAUUCUUAGAACACCACUCCAGCAACUUUGUCUCCAUGUUAAACUCUUCCAAACCGAUAUGAACAAUACCGCUGCUGGUGGAAAGGUCAACAAGAUUGAGAGUUUCCUAUCCAAUGCUAUCCAACCACCAUCCACCGAAUCAAUCAAGGCUGCUAUUGAAGAGUUAGAGUCUGUAAAUGCCAUCGAAGUACAAGAUGGAGGAGAGAGACUUACUCCACUUGGAUACCAUUUGGCACAGUUGCCAGUCGAUAUCUACAUUGGAAAAAUGUUGUUAUUUGGUUGUAUUUUCCGUUGUAUCGAUCCUAUUCUCACUAUUGCUGCAACACUCAGUUACAAAACACCAUUUAUCAGUGGUGCCGACAAACGUGAUAAGCCACAGGUUAAAUACGGACACGGACUUCAAAGUGAUCAUUUCACAUUUGCCAUUGCCUAUGAUCAUUGGAGAAAGGCAAUUAAAGAUGGUAACGAGUUUAGUUUCUGUAAAGAGAAUGGUCUUGCUCUCUCUACAUUAAAAACAAUUCAAGAUUUAAAGAUUCAAUUUGCUGAAAUCCUUUCCGAAAUUGGGUUCUUACCUUCAAAUAUUACUCAAAGAUCAAUUCAAAAAGAACAAAAAUUAAAUAGAGGAUCUGAUGGUAUAGUUGAAAGUGUUGGAGCAUUAUUUAAUUCAAAUGGUGGAGAUCAAAAGAUAUUAAAAUCUGUAUUGUGUGCUGGAAUGUAUCCAAAGAUUGGUAGAAUCGAUGUUCCGCCAACUACCUAUGUCAGCACUGCUGGUGGUGCCAUUGCCAACAAGCACGAUCCAAUGAAUCUCAAGAUCCUUACAAAGAGAAAGGCAACUCCGCAAGAACUAAAGGAAAUGCAUGAACAAUAUAUCAACAGCCACGCUGGUGGCAAGGACGCUAAAAACUCUGACAAAUUUAAGCAUGGUUACAAAAAGGAAAGAAUCUUUUUGCACCCUCGUUCCAUUAAUUUCGACGAGGGAGAGUAUACCUCUCCAUUUAUUGUCUACCAUGACAAGGUUCAAACCUCUCGUUUGUUUGCUCACCAUACCACUUGCGUGUCGUCGUUGACCCUGUUGAUGUUUUCAAUUGGUGGCAAGGUUGAAAUUGACUCUACAUUCCAACACAUCAUCUUGGAUCAGUGGAUCAAGUUUAAAUCAAGUGGCAAGGUAUUGGCAAUGAUUCGAGAAAUUAGAUUAAUGUUGGAUAAAUUAUUAGAGUUAAAGAUUAAAGAUCCUUCUUUUGAUACUUCAACAUCUGUUGUAAUUGAUAUCAUUACAAAGAUUGUUAAAAAAGAAGGUUAUCUAUAG